GCCUCACUUCCCUUUUCCUGAGUUUCCUUAUAAAGUGCUCGGGAAGCAGUCAUUUAUCCUCUUCUGAAGGAUCACAAUCCAGUACUCUUGAGAGGUCAGCUCAUCUAUCCUUCCACCUUUAUGCCUGGUCCCAACAGGAGCUGCCUGAGGGAAUUGUCUUAGCCUUGGAUGAAGGGGCGGAUCCCUGUCUGCUUACCCUGCUUUGCGUCAGUCAGGCUUUGGAAACUGGAGUGAUUCCCUCCCCUAUCCCUGUCAAGUCAGAGCAGAUUAACCGGGUGCAGGACCAUAGCCCUGAUUUUUGUCUAUUUUUUGCAAGCUAUAAAGUGAUGUAUAUAUACAUGAUAGUUGCCAUAAAUCCGUUUUCUGAGUCACCUUCAAGUUCCCUAAGACCAAACUCUGGCGAUUACUAAGAAGGUAAACAGAAUUUAGGAUGGAGACUGAGAGUGAUGAGGAGACUUAUAAAAGGUGCAUCCAGAUGGAUCUAAGCUAUGCCAGUGGUUCUCAACCCUGGCUGUGCAUGAGAAUCAUUUGAGUGGUUUUUAAAAAGACCCACGCCCGGGCCUACCCCCCAACUCAAUUGAAUCAAAAUCUUAGGUGAUUCCAAUGUGCAGCUAAGAUUGAGAACCACUGAACUAGACCGUACCUAGAACUUAUGCUGGGCAAGUGGUGGGACACUUAGGGCUGAAGGAGGCCAUUGAGUCUUCCCUUCCAGGUCCUGGGGGAGAAGAUAGUGAUUGUGUAGGUACCUGGAGUUGUGAAGGGAGGGUUGUGUUGUUUCCCUGCUCUUCUUAUUAACAAGUCUUCUUAUUGGCAAGUCGAGUCUGUCAACCUUGCUGGGCUUCAUCUUCCCUGACUAAAAUGUCAGGGGGCUAGACUGGAAUUCCCCAGAGCCUUUCCAGCCUAUGCUACUUUGACCUUUCAAGGUCAAUUCAGUUUUCCAAGGCCCUUUUGGUCCCUGUAAGAGGCUGGCUUCUCUGUGGCUGUUGGCAGAUUCUGAUUUGCAAGGCAAAUACUGCUUAGAAGAGCUGGGGUGUCAGGGAGAGAAGGACUGGAACCAGGCUUGGUUCUGGAGGCUGCUGCCCAGCACUUGAACCUUGGAACCCAGCCAAGGCUGCUUUCUGCAUCCUGCCCCUCCUGAAGCUAGCUCCCAUCCUUAAGAGAGCUUUCUUCUGCAGGUGGCAGCCACAGCAGCCUCAGGGACCUCAGCGACUAUGGCCUCCUGCCCAGACUCUGAUAAUAGCUGGGUGCUUGCUGGCUCUGAGAGCCUGCCAGUGGAGACACUGGGCCCGGCAUCCAGGAUGGACCCAGAAUCUGAGAGAGCCCUGCAGGCCCCUCACAGCCCCUCCAAGGCAGAUGGGGAAGAAUUAGCUGGGACCAUGGAUGGAGAAGGGACACUCUUCCAAACUGAAAGCCCUCAGUCUGGCAGCAUUCUAACAGAGGAGACUGAGGUCAAGGGCACCCUGGAAGGUGAUGUUUGUGGUGUGGAGCCUCCUGGCCCAGGAAACACAGUAGUCCAGGGAGACCUGCAGGAGACCACCGUGGUGACAGGCCUGGGACCAGACACACAGGACCUGGAAGGCCAGAGCCCUCCACAGAGCCUGCCUUCAACCCCCAAAACAGCUUGGAUCAGGGAGGAGGGCCGCUGCUCUAGCAGUGAGGAUGACACCGAUGUGGACAUGGAGGGUCUGCGGAGACGGCGGGGCCGGGAGGCCGGCCCACCUCAGCCCGUGGCGCCCCUGCCUGUGGAGAACCAGGCUGGGGGUGAGGGUGCAGGCGGGGAGCUGGGCCUCUCCCUCAACAUGUGCCUCCUUGGGGCCCUGGUUCUGCUUGGCCUGGGGGUCCUCCUCUUCUCGGGUGGCCUCUCAGAGUCUGAGACUGGGCCCAUGGAGGAAGUAGAGCGGCAGGUCCUCCCAGACCCCGAGCUGCUGGAUGCUGUGGGGGACAGGCAGGAUGGGCUAAGGGAACAGCUGCAGGCCUCAGUGCCUCCUGACAGUGUCCCCAGCCUGCAAAACAUGGGUCUUCUGCUGGACAAGCUGGCCAAGGAGAACCAGGACAUCCGGCUGCUGCAGGCCCAGCUGCAGGCCCAAAAGGAAGAGCUUCAGAGCCUGAUGCACCAGCCCAAAGGGCUAGAGGAGGAGAAUGCCCAGCUCCGGGGGGCUCUGCAGCAGGGCGAAGCCUUCCAGCAGGCUCUGGAGUCAGAGCUGCAGCAGCUGCGGGCCCGGCUCCAGGGGCUGGAGGCCGACUGUGUCCGGGGCACAGAUGGGGUGUGCCUCAGUGGGGGUAGAGGCCCACAGGGUGACAAGGCCAUCAGGGAGCAAGGCCUCAGGGAGCAGGAGCCAGAACUCAGCUUCCUGAAGCAGAAGAAACAGCUGGAGGCUGAGGCACAGGCAUUAAGGCAAGAGUUAGAGAGGCAGCGACGGCUACUGGGGUCUGUACAGCAGGAUCUGGAGAGGAGCUUGCAGGAUGCCGGCCGCGGGGACCCAGCUCAUGCUGGCUUGGCUGAGCUGGGCCACAGAUUGGCCCAGAAACUGCAGGGCCUGGAGAACUGGGGCCAGGACCCUGGGGUCUCUGCCAAUGCCUCAGAGGCCUGGCACCAGAAGCCCCACUUCCAGAAUUCUAGGGAGUGGAGUGGAAAGGAAAAGUGGUGGAAUGGGCAGAGGGACCGGAAGGCUGAGCACUGGAAGCAUAAGAAGGAAGAAUCUGGCCGGGAACGGAAGAAGAAUUGGGGAGGUCAGGAGGACAGGGAGCCGGCAGGAAGGUGGAAGGAGGGCAGGCCAAGGGUGGAGGAGUCGGGGAGCAAGAAGGAGGGCAAGCGUCAGGGCCUGAAGGAACCCCCAAGGAAAAGUGGUAGCUUCCACUCCUCUGGAGAAAAGCAGAAGCAACCUCGGUGGAAGGAAGGGGCUAAGGACAGCCAUGACCCCCUGCCAUCCUGGGCAGAGCUGUUGAGGCCCAAGUACCGGGCACCCCAUGGCUGCUCAGGUGUGGACGAGUGUGCCCGGCAGGAGGGCCUGACUUUCUUUGGCACAGAGCUAGCCCCAGUGCGGCAACAGGAGCUGGCCUCUCUGCUAAGAACAUACCUGGCACGGCUGCCCUGGGCUGGGCAGCUGACCAAGGAGCUACCCCUCUCACCUGCUUUCUUUGGUGAGGAUGGCAUCUUCCGUCAUGACCGCCUCCGCUUCCGGGAUUUUGUGGAUGCCCUGGAGGACAGCUUGGAGGAGGUGGCUGUGCAACAGACAGGUGAUGAUGAUGAAGUAGAUGACUUUGAGGACUUCAUCUUCAGCCACUUCUUUGGAGACAAAGCACUGAAGAAGAGGUCAGGGAAGAAGGACAAGCACUCGCAGAGCCCAAGAGCUGUGGGGCCCAGGGAGGGGCACAGCCAUAGCCGCCACCACCACCACCACCGGGGCUGACGCUCUGCCCCACAGGGAAUGGCCUUGGCCUUGCCCAGCCCAAGAUCCCAGCAUUAUCUAACUCCCGGAGGGUGGACUCUGUCCUGGCUUGUUUGGUGUCCUCGGAUAUCUUUCACACAGUAGAGCAAAGUCACCAGCCCUGCACUGAUGUCACUUUAUCUAGAAAAAGGCCUCAGCUGGACCUGCAUUGCCAUCUAUGCAAAUGCAUGCAAAUACUCCAGGCCCUGGGAUGUGGGCUUGUGGGGUGGGGUGUGGGGAAGGCAAUCUGAUUCUGAAGCUAAAGAGCUUUCAUCCUCUUGCGUGUAUGUCCCCAGAGUAGGCCCCUUGACCCACAUGCUGACCGGCGCCUUGGGAUUUCACUAGAGUUGCUGGAUCGAGGCCCAGCACGAGGACUUUCCCUGGGGUUUUGUUAGGUUUGGAAGCAGCUGUCCCUAGGGGAUGAAGUCCCCCUUUUUUUUUUUUUACCCCUGCUUCUCCCAUGGCCUCAGCUCCCCAUGUGAACUGUAGACUCAGAUCCCAAUAAAGUGCUGUUGCAGCUAGGAUGCUGGGUGGUUUCUAAGCACAGGGGACACCCCACACCCCCUGCCUGAAUGGAUGGGUCCAUCCCAGGCACUGGUACUUGCCCCCUUGUUCUGUAUCCCCCUUUGCCCUUGCCUUGCCCUUCCAACAAACCCUAGGCCCUUGAGAAGCUGAUACGUCUCCUUUUGCUCACAGCUGCCUCAGCCCCACCCCUGGGAGAUGUAGCAAAUUGAGUGUGGGUUUUGGAGUCCGAGCCUCGGGCUCAAAUCCAGGCUAAGUGAUCUUGAGCAAGUUAAUCUUUGGGAACUUUGGGUUUCUUAUCCUCAAAAAAGGCGAUGGAAGGGCUGGGGAAGUGAUUAAAUAAAGCAAUGCAAGAAAAA